GCGUGAAGUGUAAAUAUUCACAGACGAUGCACUAUACCUGAAAUUACAAAUAAACAUUACUCUUUGAUGCCUUUAGGGCGAGGUAACGAAUAAGCGAACUAAAAGAUGGGUCGCUACAUACGGCAAACGACGAAAGGAAACUGGAAUCCCGAUCAACUAAAAAAUGCCGUUGAAGCGGUGAAAAAGGGAAAGAAAAUUCGCGCGUGCGCGAAAAAAUACAAAAUUCCUGAAAGUACGCUGAGAAGGAGGAUGAAAGAAAAUAAUCUCGACUCACCUAUUAUGGGUGUAAGUACAACCUUCACUCCGGAGCAAGAAAGGAUUAUUGUCGAGUACUUGAAAAACGUCUCCGGUUGGUUUCGCGGGCUGAACUCCAUUCAGUGCAGAAAAAUAGCCUUCGACACCGCGGAAAAGCUGAAAAUAAAGCACAAGUUUAACAAAAAACAAAAGAUUGCGGGAAAAGAUUGGUUUUGCGGCUUUUUAAAGCGAAAUCCAGAUUUCAGUAUUCGCAAACCGGACGUGCAGAGCAAUGAACAGUUUCAACAGUUUUAUAAAAAGGAGUUGAAUAAGUUUUACCAUGAUCUGAAUCUCAUCAUCGAGAAAUAUGAAUUUUCACCAGACAGAAUUUAUAAUGUUCAAGAGACAGAGAUUUACACAGUCAAGGUAAAAGAAAACACUGGUGAUAAAAGUUUAAACUCUGAAGUGUCAUGGGAGAGAGCAAACAGAACAUCAGUAGCAUGCGCCACAAAUGCUGUUGGAUCAUUUGUACCUCCAAUGUUUGUUUUUCCAUUUGAAGACAAAAUGCAGCUUAUGAAAAUAAGUGUACCCGAGGAUGCAGUGGUUGAAUGCAAUUCCAAUGGAAACGUAAAUGAAGAGAUGCAUCUAAUCUGGUUGAAGCAUUUUGCUGAGAUGGUCAAUCCCACAAGAAGUGAUCCAGUUCUUCUCAUACUCAACCCUCACAAUGGUCAUGCAAGUAUAGAUGCUUAUGAAUUCUGCAAAGCCAAUCAUAUACAUGUAUUGACUUUAUCGCCACAUGCAGCUUUUCAAAUGCAACCACUAAAUGCAACAAUAUUCGUGCCUCUCAAAAGAGCUUAUUAUAGAGAGUGCGAAGCUUAUAUGAGAAACACUGGAACAAAAGAGAUUCCAGUAUAUAAAAUAGCAGAUCUAUUUACAAAAGCUUUGGAUAAAACAGCCAGCAUAGAUAAGGCUAUAAAAGGAUUUAAAUCAACCGGUAUAUGGCCUGUUAACCCAUUGGUAUUGGACAUAAAGAAGCUUAAUCGCUGUACCAAAAUUAAUAUCCAUAGUAAUGCUGCUAGUGAUGGUAACGAUUCUGCUGGUCAAAGAAGCUCUAACAGCAACUCCUGCGACACAAGUAGGACAAGCAGUAGUUCAGCUGAAGAUAUUGAUACUAGUGAAAGCAGUGACUCAUCUGAGAACAGUGAUCAAGAUAGUGACUUGUGUGAAAAUCGCUACCAAACUAGAACACGAUGCCAAAAAAAAAGAAAAUAUAAUUGUUGAAUUAUUUUUUCUAAAAUAAACAUAGGUGAUGUUUUGUAUAUCUUUAAAUUUCAAAGAAAAUACUUUACAGAUUUAAUGGCUGAAAAUAAUAGUAAUAAUUAAGUAUAUUUUUGUAGCAAAUAAGAAUUUUUUGUAUAAUUUAUUACUUUGACAUGAGAAAUGAAUGCUGACUCUUCAACGACUUUCUACUUAUUUGUAUGUAUGCAUAACAUCCCUUUUAUGCUGCGGUGAUACAUUAUUUUAUAAUCAAUUCAUAUCUUGUGAAAAUAUCAAAAAUUAUAAAUCCAUACAAACAUAAAC